AUUCGACGACGACCUCUGGGCACACUUCAAUCGCCUUCCCGCGAGAUAUGCGAUGGAUGUGAACGUGGAGAGAGCGGAGGACGUGCUCACGCACAAGAGAUUGCUGGAGCUGGUGCGUGAUCCCGCAAAUAGGCCUGCCUUUGCCGUCCGCUUGGUUCAGGUACCCCCAUUGUAUGAUGGAAAUCAUGGUGGUUCUUUUGGCAGCACACAUGGUGAUGGCGAUGAUCAUUGUUCUUCAAAUUAUUUCCUUAAUAAACAAAGCAUUCACCCCCCUCCUGCCUUUGGUUCAUCGCAAAAUCUUGAGACCUUUGUCCUCGAAGCAAGCAAGCAACACGUUCAAGAUGGAAACAGUGCUGCGGAGGCCUUCCAACACUUCAGCAGACCUAUGCAUGAAAUCACCUUUUCGACUGAUGACAAGCCUAAGCUUCUUAGCCAGGAAACCGACCAGCUUAGGAAUGCACUGCAGAAGGAGCUCCUGAAAAUUGAGAAGCAAGCAUGGUUGAAGCCUCUUCCAUGGUCUCCUAAACUGGAAAACAUAGAAGUUGUUCAGGAACCUUUACCCCACCAUGUCCAGAUACCUACUGAUGGCACUGAUGUCUGGGAGAUUGAUUUCCGGCUAUUGAAGUUUGAAAGUAAAGUUGCUUCUGGUUCAUAUGGUGACCUUUACCGAGGAACAUACUGCAGUCAGGAGGUAGCAAUUAAAGUACUCAAGCCUGAGCGUGUAAAUGUGGAUAUGCAGCGAGAGUUUGCCCAGGAAGUUUAUAUUAUGAGAAAGGUUCGUCACAGGAAUGUUGUACAGUUUAUUGGUGCAUGCACCCGCCCUCCUAGCCUAUGUAUCGUGACAGAAUUCAUGUCGGGUGGAAGUGUAUACGACUUUCUUCAUAAACAGAAAGGUGUUUUCAAGCUUCCAGCAUUGCUCAGAGUAGCAACUGACGUUUCCAAGGGUAUGAACUACUUGCACCAAAACAAUAUUAUCCAUAGAGACCUGAAGGCUGCCAAUCUUCUGAUGGAUGAAAAUGAGGUUGUCAAAGUUGCGGAUUUUGGUGUUGCACGUGUUAAAGCUCAAACUGGAGUGAUGACUGCAGAAACAGGAACAUACCGUUGGAUGGCUCCGGAGGUCAUUGAACACAAGCCUUAUGAUCACAAGGCUGAUGUUUUUAGUUUCGCUAUAGUGUUAUGGGAACUGCUUACAGGAAAGCUUCCUUAUGAAUACCUAACACCAUUACAGGCGGCAGUGGGCGUUGUUCAAAAGGGUCUAAGACCUACAAUUCCGAAGCAUACUCAUCCUAAGCUUGCUGAGCUGCUUGAAAAGUGCUGGCAGCAAGACCCUGCUGAAAGGCCAGAUUUCUCAGAGAUCUUACAAAUUCUCCGACUUAUUGCUAAAGAGGUAGGAGAUGAGUCGGAGGAGCAUCGUAAGGAUAAGUCUUCUGGUGGAUUCCUGUCAGUUCUGAGGCGAGGGCAUUAAUGUGAGAGAUAUACCGUACUGUCAAAAAACUUUAUAAAGUUUUCAUCAUGGCCAUAUCCUGUUUGUCUUUUAAGGCGACCUUGAACUGUACAGUAUAUAUUUGUUUAAUGACCUGGUUCAUAAUUUUUGAGGUGAAUCCUGAAUCUUGAAGAUGCAUCGAAGUUGGUAUGUAGCAUAUUGUUUAAUGUUACAGUUCGUGAGGCAUUGCUUGUUUUCCUUUGACAAGUCAAUUAUGUUUAGUAUUUCAUAUUUUUGGAGCA